GGGGAAACAAAAAAAGGUUUCGCAAGACGCAAGGAUCGUGUUUGUUAUAUAAUGGCGCGCCCAUGUCCCCGUAUGUCCCUGCAUGUCACAGAGCAUUGACAUCGACUUGCAGGGUGUCGACUUGGUGUCAGCGUGUCGAGGCCCCGCUCCAGGCACACUAUGUAACCUCCCAACGGGGAUGCAGCCGAGGCGCACAAAGUGCACUGCCACUGUACAUGUGCAGGGUAGACGCGGACGCUCGGAUCGGAUUCUUCGCGCGUGACCCCCAUGUAGUGCGAUGCUUGUCUUACUUUUAUCUAAGACCUAUGCACCUUCAUCGACAAAUAGACGCCCACUGAUCGAAGUUCGAUGAUCGGACAGUUGACAUCCAGUAAGCGCGUAUCUUGACCGGAGCCUUUGAAACUCCACCAGAACUGAAUGCAGAAACGAGAGUUUGGCUAAUGGCAACUGCACUCCACUAUGGUCCUGGUAGUAUGGAGCCCAGCGGAAUGU